UUCACUAAACUGGCAACGCUGGUUUUACCACCUAUUUCGUACGUCUGAAAAAUGUCUGAUAAAAAUUAUUAAAUAACCGAGAUGAAUUCUCUUAACUUUCGACAUAUACACCUUGGUGUAUAUGAGAGGAAUUUUUUUAGCUGUACCAAAUUAUCUACGAUUAGUUAAUUAAAAAAAAAAAAUUAUUGCAUAACAUAACCUCUUUCAAUUCAAAUUUCCAUUUACAUUAUGCCGAAAGUAACGAGACCAAUAGAAAUCGUAAAUGACCGCCUCAAGAAAGUUCGCUGGAAAGAAUUUGUUUGCGGCUGGGGAGCCGCAUGUGUAAACAUAACAGUAACGUAUCCAAUCAACAAGAUCAUUCUACGUCAGAUGCUCUCAGGUGUUACGAUAAAAAAUGCAUUUAGCCAAUUACGUACGGAGGGAGUGUUCUACCUGUACAGGGGAAUGUUACCGCCGCUUAUGCAAAAAACAUUGUCACUCUCCAUCAUGUUUGGUGUUUACGAGGAAGUACGUAGAUCUUUAAUGGACGAAGCUAGAAUUAAUCCGUAUUAUGCCAAAGCUAUCGCUGGAUUGGUUGCCGGCUCUACUGAAGCAAUUCUUAUGCCUUUCGAGCGAAUUCAAACAGUGUUAAUCGAUGCAUCGCAUCACAAAAGAUUUAAAAAUACCUUUCAUGCCUUUCAAAGCAUAGGGGUGCAGUAUGGACUUCGUGAAUAUUACAGAGGAUUAGUCCCAAUACUUUUGAGAAAUGGUCCUUCAAAUGUAUGUUUUUUUAUCUUACGCGACGAGUUUCAAAUGCGAAUGAAAAAGUCAGAUUCAGUACUGAAUCAGUCGAUACAAGAAUUUUUGUGUGGUGCACUUAUUGGCGUUUUAUUGUCGACAAUGUUUUUUCCGUUAAACGUAGUUAAAAUUUCUAUGCAAAGUCAAAUAGGUGGAAAGUUUAAGAGCAUUUUUACUGUCUUUACACAAGUUUAUCGUGACCGUGGUGGGACCGUUAGAAAUUUUUAUUAUGGUGUAAAUGCUAGCAUAAUUAGAUCGUUUUUCAGCUGGGGUAUUAUGAAUUGCGCUUACAUAUACUUAAAAGAUUUUAUAAAUUAAUUGCUUUUAAAUUUGCAGUUGUUUUUUGUUUUGUAAAUUGUUUAUGAAAGUAUUAAUUUGUAAUAAUUGUGUUUCAUAUUUAUUUAUAGCGAGCAAAUGUUUAUAUAUU